AUUUAUCGGCGAGGGCAUUUUCAAUUUUGGAGCCUCUAGCGGCCACUCGAUGAACUGCAAUUUUAUUGCACUUCCGCAUCGCUCAGACCCGGAUGUUGAUGCCUGCUGUUUACCAACGAAGAAGAAGAAGAAGAAGAAGAAGGAGGAGACGGAGCCAUGGAGCAGUGGCGGAGGAGUCUGCUCAGAGUUCGGCUUUAAACGUUUUAUUCCCGCGGUAAAUAUUGACGCUACAGCGGCUCAGUGACUAUAAACGGACUCUGCUACGAGCUCCGAGCUAACGCAGCUAGCUCCUGAGCUACAUCCGUCCUCCCCCCUGAGGACAUGGGCCGAGGAAAGGCACCGACGCGGGGCAGACCUCCUGUUGGACCCCCGCUGGAGGACGGACCCCCGUUCGACAUGGGCUGGGGGCCUCCCCCUCCCGGUGGCUGGGGCCCCCCUCCCCCUGAAGCCUGGGGGCCUCCCCCUCCCGGUGGCUGGGGGCCUCCUCCUCCUGGUGGCUGGGGGCCUCCUCCUCCUGGUGGCUGGGGUCCUUCUCCUCCCAGUUACUGGCGUCCUCCUUCUCCGGGGGCCUGGGGCCCUCCUUCCCCUGACGGAUGGCCUCCACCGCCGGAGGGAUGGGACCUCAGAGGGCCCCCCCCUCCAGACUGGCAUCCUCGGGCCCUCCCGCCUCCAGGCUGGGGGCCUUAUCCCGAUGACUGGCCGCUGCCUCCAGAGGACUGGGGUCGCCACCCCGACCACUGGAGGCCUCCUCACCCCGACCCCUGGAGGCGUCCUCCUGAGGGCUGGGGGCCUCCUGGCUGGGGUCCGGACGGUCGCCCCGACCCGUGGGGGCCCGAGCCGGGUCCCCCAGUACCUAUCCCCCCCCCUCCUGUCGGAGUCCCUCCUCCUGCUGGAGUUCCUCCCCCGGACCCCUCGGCCUUCGGUCCCAUGGCUCUGCCCCCUGUCCCCCCCCCGGGCUGCGUGCCUCCGUUUGGGUUCCCGGCUUGUCCCCCCCCCGACUGGACCGGAGAGCCUGUGGUGGAGGAGCCGAUGCUGAACCCCCCCCCGGAGCAGCCGGAGUGGAUCAAAGCUCUGAUCUCGGCUCCGGCCACGGAGUCGACUCCCGGUGAGACCAAGUCCUCCGAGGAGGUGGGGGUCUCCAAGGCGCCGGCGGCCGAGUCGCUGGCGGCUCCGCCUCCUCCCCCCGCCCCCCCCAAACCCAAACCGGCUAAGACUCACAAGGCCCUGGGGCUUCUGGGAAAACGCACCUUUGAUAAGCCUCCUCCAGGCAGGUCCACAGGGAUCAUCUCCUUCAUCGGGCCAUCGUUCGGCUACAUUGAGCGAGAGGACCUGGAGAAGUUCACCUUCACCUUCAACGCUUUCUUUGGGAACCCUAAGGCCAUGACGCCCGGGGUCAGAGUUCACUUCACCGGCUGCAAACAGAAGGACAGCGCCAUAGCAACAGAUGUGAAAGUGGCUCCAGGAGGAACAGAGAACGUGGAUCCAGAAUCUAGAGCGGUCAUCACCACGACCGCAGGUCAAUCUGCCUCGCCUCCUGGAGAGAGACAGUACCCGGGGCAGGUCUACGUCAACAUCGGGCCCCUGAGGACCAACCUGACCUACGACCGGAGGGACAGUUCAGUGACGCUGCUGAAGAACGACCAGGUCCUCAUCAACCUGCUGACGGACAUCGUCACUGAGAAGAGGAGGGCCACCAACAUCCGGCCCCAGAUCCCAGCCACCUUCAGCCACACCAAGGAGGCCAGGGAGAAGGUCAGGAGCCCCCACAUACUCUGA